AUGACCAGAAAUAACAUUAUUAGUUUGGAUGUUGCCAUCAUCGGCGGAGGCAUCGCUGGCUUGGCGACAGCAAUCGCUCUUCGUCGGGCAGGACAUCAAGUGACGGUCUACGAAAAGUCGAGGUUCUCCAACGAAGUCGGGGCUGCAAUUCACUGCGCACCGAAUGCUACCAGGGUCCUUGAAUGGUUGGGCUUUGAUUUUAUCAAAGCUAAUGCCGUUAAGAAUGUUUGGAGCCAUCUUGGAGAUGGAAAAACCGGUGAAGCUCUCCGGUCGAACAGCCUGGCGCAUAUCGAGAGCCAGUACAUGUACCCUUGGUAUUUCUUCCAUCGUGUCGACUUGCACAAUGGGCUCAAAGACCUUGCUUUUGGUGAAGUUGGGCAAGGGAUUCCAGCGGUAUUAAAGCUUCAAAGCCGAUUAGCCUCAGUGAAUGCGACGGAUACCUCUCUGAACUUUGAGGAUGGCUCGGUCGUGAGUGCAGAUCUGAUCAUCGGCGCGGAUGGUGUGCAUUCUACACUUGUCAAAUGGGUGGUGCAAGAUGAGGUCUCGGCUUACGACACUGGACAUUCGGCAUUUCGAUUUCUUGUGCCUGUGCAGAGCCUGUUGGAAGAUCCCGAAACGAGGUGGCUCGUUGUGGAUAAGCCUAGCACCAUGAAUAUCUUCAAGAUCGAUGACCGUCGACUGGUUGCGUACCCUUGCAGGAACGGUGAGCUCAUGAAUUUUGUGUGUAUACAUCCAGAUGGCAAUUCCAAGGAAUCCAAGGAAGAGUGGAACGUGUCCGCCGACUCCGAUCGAUUGGCCAAAGCAUAUUCUAUGUUUCAUAGCUCGCUUCGGGCACUGUGCAGACAUUCUGAAGACCUUGAGGACCUUAAGCUCUGGAAGCUAUUGUACAGACCACCUAUAAAAACCUGGACAAGAGGCAAAUGCACUCUUAUAGGGGAUGCCGCUCACCCCAUGUUGCCACACCAAGGACAAGGUGGAGGCAUGUCUAUCGAGGAUGCCGGUGCCCUGGGAGUGCUGUUCUCCAACAUUGAUUCGAAGGCCUCCAUACCAGCACGCUUACAAAUGUUCCAAUCCGUGAGAUAUAACCGUGCUUCAGCAGUGCAAAUCUUCUCCAACUUUGGACAAGAUGAAGCCACGAUGAUGGCGGCCGAAGCAGCAAAGUACGGCUUCAGAAAAGUUCCCACGACGCAGAUGGAAUUCCACCAGUUCCUCUAUUCGUAUAAUGUCCUUGAAGAUACAAAAGCUCGAGUCAGCAAAGAGUUUUUUGGCACGCACUAA